UCGAUGGGCAGCACAACAUCAGAAUAAACAGACCGACGAGACUUCUUAAACGAACAUGGUUCGUUGUUUCAUCAUCCACACCGUGUGCCAGAUUAACGCCCUUGCUCCAGGGGAGAGCAGGGUGCUCUACUCUCGCGUCUUCGGGCCGGACGAGGCUGUAUUUCAUGCCGGGCAGCAGCAGCAUCUUAACCCGAAGGAGAGGCGACUUCUCUCGGCUGAGAAGCUCGCCGUGGUGGCGCGGCAGGUCCACAGUGCUGUCUCCAUGUCCCGGGAAGCUUCUGGGCGUCCUCUGAUGGAGAUGCUGCCCGGCGAGGAGGCGCUGGCUCUGCAGGAGGCCAACAGCGGGGUGGUGCGGCUCCGAUCCGGAGACCCCUUUUCUGAGGAGAUGAGCGCACUGUGGAUUGCCGUGCAAAGUUUGGCUUUUGUGAUGGUGUGCGAACCUCACGAGAACCUCAUUCUGGCUGAGGGAACCCUCCGGAACCUGAUCAGACACUGCCUGGAGCACCUCCACAUGCUGGGCCAAGGCAGCGAGGUUCUACUGAAGAGCAACCGCAUCGACGUUCUCCUUAGUCGUCUGCUUCCUCACGGCCAGCUACUCUUCCUCAACCACCGCUUUGCUCAGAGUCUGGAGAAGGACGUGUUGGCCGACAUGAACAAAUGAGCAUGGUGAUUGGCUGACUUGGUGCCGCCAUGUUGGACCAGCAGACCUCCGCUUUGAGACUCCUUGCUAGCUUUUGUAGCAUGCCACAGAGCUACAGCUACAUGUCCUCAGUACUGAUUGGCUGAGAAGAAGAAGAAGAACAGCCUGCUAGACGCUGCAGGAGGUCUGUAUGUAUUUGUGACUCUAUGCACAGCACAUUAUACUGUAUGUGUCACAUUAAAGCAGCGGCAACACAGGUGAUUAACAUCUGAAGUGUUACCAUGCUGACAGUUUUAAUAUGCAACUGUCAGUCUGUCUUUGGAGUGUAAAAAAUGAUAACUUUAACUGAAACUUUAAAUAACCUGGUUGAUGCAGCAAGACAGUUUAACACGGCAAUAUGUCUCAUUUUCCCACAUUAAUAAGUACAAAUAAACCAGUUUAUAAUUAAACUUUAAUCUUCAAAUAUUGAAUUAUAGAAAAUAAUAAUUGUUAGCAAAAAACCCCCAAGUAAACCAUAUAACCAAUAAUAAUUUUCAAUUAAAGUAAGUUAAUUAAAAUCCCCGUAUGAUCAGUUAUGCAUCCAUCCAUAUUCUAUACCCCUUCUCCUCUUUAGGGUCACGUGGGCAUGCUGGAGCCUAUCCCAGGUGACUUCGGGCGACAGGCGGGGUACACCCUGGACUGGUCGUCAGCCAUUCACAGGGCACAUAUAGACAAACAACCAUUCAUACUCACAUUCAUACCUAUGGACAAUUUAGAGUCACCAAUUAACCUAACAUGCAUGUUUUUGGAAUGUGGGAGGAAACCGGAGUACCCGGACAAAACCCACACACGCACGGGGAGAACAUGCAAACUCCCAAGGGAGAAUCGAACCCAGGUCUUCCCGACCUCCAGACUGUUACUGUGUUGGCCAACAUGCUAACCACUAGACCACCAUGUGGCAUGAUCUGUUAUGAAAGGCUCCAAUCUGGAGGAUCUAUCUAUGCUACAAUGCAGGACUUGACCGCUAGAGGGCAGUGUGUCGCCAUCCAGGUUGAGAGCUGACAAAUGCAUCAAAAAAUAAAUAAAAAGCAUUGACUAAAUGCUUUGCUGUGACUUGCAAACAGUCGGAAGUGAGGCUUGCCGACAUCAAAUAAACAGUUUGUUUUCAUGUGCAGUUUGUAAUUACGUCCAAUUAAUGACGCGCGCCGCAGGAAGUUGUUUCUUAAACAGCUGUUUAGAUUAAAUGGAUGAGUGGCUGGCAAGCGGAGAUUAAAAUCACACUUUUGCUUCCCUCCCUUUUCCCUUCUUCUCUGUGACACUGCAGCAUGCUGCAUGUCACAACUGCGCAUAAACGCUUGGAUGAGAAGGCUGGAAAGUUCUUUAGGGGGGUAAAGCUGCCUGUCACUAUUAUAAAAGGUUUAUUAAAUGUACAGGCAACGUUUGAAAUCAUAGUUUAACAUUCUUAAGUGCCAUACAAGCGUAAAAAGAAGUGAAGCAGUGUUAAUAGGAGAAAUGUUAACUUUGCUAACAAGGGAUUACGCGUGUGGUGACUCAUGUCACUUCCUGCCCCUAUUCUUCUUCUCUACUUACACAAAAAAGCCAAAGAAAAAGCAAAAAGUUGACCCUUUGAUACUCAUUGAACUCGGCUCUUGUUUUUGCGUUGGCGGUUCGAGCUAGUAAUUUACAAGUCAAAGAUGACGGGAGGGCUCUGCUGUUUUUAAGGAUUUACUGUAAUAGCGUAAGUUAACGAUCCUCUGUGUGACAGGAGCACUCUGCUGUUUUUGAGCAUCUACUGCCAAAAACACUAGUUAAAGAUCCUCUCUUGGGCAGUAGCUCUUUGCUGUUUUUAAGGAUCUACUGCAAAAUGACAGUCAAAGAUCCUAUUUAUGAUAGGAGCCCUCUGCUGUUUUUGAUCAUCUACUGCCAAAACGCUAGUUAAAGAUCCUCUAUUGGACAGUAGCUCUUUUUAAGGAUCUACUGCAAAAAUGCCAGUCAAAGAUCCUGUGUACGACGGGAAUGCUCGGCUGUUUUCAAGGAUCUAUCUACUGUGAAAAAAAUGUCUGGUAUGACGGGGAUGUGUUGCUGUUUUUAAGGAUCUACUGCAAAAACACUAGUCAAUGAUAUUGUAUAUGACGGAAGUGCUCUGCUGUUUUUAAGGUUCUAUUGCAAACAUUCCAGUCAAAGAUCCCCUAUAUGACAGGAAAGCUCUGCUGUCUUUAAGGAUCUACUGCAAAAACACCCAUUAAGGAUCCCAACUUUUUUUCCCACGGACCAGCUCGUGUUCCCACAAAUCUGGGGCGGGUCCAACAUUAUAGAGAUGUAAUGUUUCUUAUUUAAUAUGUAUUGUGUAAAACUAAGACAGUAACAACAUCAAAUUAAAAGCACAAAAUGAAUACAGACCCACCAUCCACCAGUACGAGCCUGGAGGCUUUUUUUCCAGAGAGAAGAUUAUUACGUUGCUGUUUGAUGUGUGUGGUAAAAGGAAGUGUGCUGGCAGUUAACUUGAGGUUGUGCACCAACAAAUAUGCACAUUAUCGCUCGAUAACAUCAUCACAACUCACCUUUCUGCAUUCCCACGUAGUAUCAGCAUUUGAGACCAGGUGAAAGAAAAACGGUGAAAAUACAGUACAGUAGUCUAUCUGUGCAGUGUGGGAGAAAGCACACGCACAAUGGUGCAUUCAAGGACAAUCGUGGGACGGAUCGCCGCUCGCAUCAGACAUCAUACACAUGCAAAAGCUAUGGGAUAUGUAUCUGUGUAUUAUUAUUAAAAUAAUGGCCCAUAUUUCCAAAAUUGAUAUGCAUUCAUAUCAAAUUGCUGAUGCUCUAUGUACAGAAGCGCUCUGCUGUUUUUAGGAAUCUUGUGCAACCACAACAAGAGCAGGGCUAUCUCUUUGCCGGUCUGGUGUUAUUCAAUGGCCCGCGUGCUGCCAGUCGGACAGCAGAAGAAGAGAUGGAGCAUGUGCAUAAAGUGUGCAGUUGAUUGGAUCUGGGACAUUUUCAGGCUCACAAAACAUUCUUUUGUGGAUUCCCCAAAAACGUUUCAGGGUGGACAGGGCUUCUUUACCGUUGCCCUCGUCCCACCCCGCCCUGACAUCCCCUCCUCCUGAGAGGGAUGAUGGGUCCAAAGCCGACAAUGUCACAGUCCAUCUCCAUCCCGUCUUCCCUUCUAGCAGCAGCUGCCUGAAGCUCCAACAAAAGAAGAAAAAAACAUUUUUCUCUCAAAUGUGCAGAGUGGUCAUUGAAUACGCACGCUUUAAGGACUUUUCAGGCUAAUAUUUCUCCUUCUCGCGCAUCAUUAGACGUCUAUUGUACCAAUGUGGGGAAAAUGUGCUGGCUCCCCAGCUGGGACAAGGUAUGAAUUUCAAUGUGAGGCGACGACUCCUUCACUGGAGCUCUGUAGUGGGGCAUUAGGUGUGAAAUACCUCCUCACUGCUGCACUUCAUGCCCUCACAUUUCACAUUAUUCCUCACAUGGGCUAAAUCUGAGCAAAGGGAUGCUCGGCGGUGACCACCAUUAACGUCAACAAUAUCCGCAUCCUUCAUACUUCAUGCAAUAAAGCAGCAGUCAGUAACACUGGUUAGCUCUGCCUUAGCGUGAGGUAGGAUUACACAAAAAACACCUAAAUUCUAUGAAAAUCACUGCAGAUCGGUUAUAUUUUGGUGCAGAUCUGGACAAAAGUGCGGCUCAAGGCAUUCAUUGUCAUCCUUCGAGUCGCUCCAGCAUGAAAAUGGCGUCAUCCAGUCUGCCCACUGUUCCAGGAAGGUGUCCGCUAACUAUCUGAAAACUGAGAAAUAAACCAAACAUACACUGCUCUGCUAAUUUCAUUUCUAUUACGUGUUGUUCGUUUUUGCUUCAGGGCUACUGUUGUCCAUCAUAAUAACAUCUAAAUAUAAACUGCGAGUGGUGCACAUUUUUUACACGGUAAAGUAACAGCUCUUGUCUGUGUGAUAACAUUUUCUCUUCAAACAACACUAAACACAAACGUUAGCAGCUGAUGCUAUUGCCACCAACCAUGCCAACCAUGUUGUAGUCACGAUGCUUUACUUUACUUUACUUUACUGUUCUCUUUACUUGUCUUGCUUGCUUGCUGCUGUAACAAGUAAAUUUCCCCGCUGUGGGAUAAAUAAAGUACAUACAAUACAACAGCCAACAGCAGGUGUCCAGGCUGGUCAGCCAGUAUUGGAGACUUCCAAAGACCGGUCACCGUGGCAACAAGAGAGCGGCUAUUUCUCUUAAUACAAGUCAUCAUAGCAUACACAUUAUAUUUCUUUCAGUUAACUGUAUUCAUAAUGUGCCUUUAAAGUUCUUGUUGCGUUUCUGCCAUAAUGCAGCUAAUAUAUGUGGAAUUUUUUGUAAAACAUAGCAACAAACCUGCCAAAAAAAAACAGCGCAUCUUCGCGUCUAUCAGAAUAGAAAGUAGCUCUCUUUUAGCUUCUCUAAUCUUACAUUUACACUUUUUAAACCCAUCCGUCGCAGCCCUCAAAUGUUUAAUUCCCUGCAACCAAAACAACCUUUACUUUCAUAUUCAUUCUAUUUGUUUUUAAUUAGCCAAGAAAAGACCAUAAAGGAGGUGCUGUUUGCCUUCAGUGGCAUCACCUCUGUCGUUUAGAUUAUUAUCAUAGAGCUACAUGACUUAUGGGUCUUAUGACUGUCCUGUGGUCAAACACCAUCAUAAUCUCAAACGAGAUCAUAUUUGUUGAGAGUGCUGGCUGUAAAAUGUUACAGCCUCCCCCCGCCCCGCAGUAAAUUAGCAUUUAUGGUGAAAUGGCAGCGAGGCGGUGUGCUUUAAUGGGCCGUAGCCUUCCUUGACUGCGCGUCUCUGAGCUUUAAGGACGACGUCCAGCCAGGCCCUAAACCUCUGUACGCGCUCCCUGUCACACUUGGAUCUAAUACAAAUGAGCAAUAAAUACGUCCUUGUUGAUUUUAGGAGUGGUAAAGGUUUGUCUUUAUUUUGAAAAGGCUUCUUUGUCACCUCCCUGCCCAAUUAAAGCUGUUUUGUAAUUUAGUUUUCUUCAUUGCUUUGCUUUUUAUUACCCAAAUGGAUUGUUUUUUCCUCAUAAAGUUAAGGAAAUGUUGUGGAUACAAGCAGAGGAAAUGGGAUUACGUCUCACAGCUGGCCUGGAAACGCCUUGGAGUCCUCCUGGUGGACCUGGAAGAGGCGGUCGGAGACCGGAAAGUCUGGACAUCCCUACUGAGACUCCUGCCCCCGCGACCCGGAUAAGCCGAAGAAAAUGGAAUGGAACUUAGACAUUGUCCCACUUAUUUCACUCAAACAAUGAGAUUGUCUUAUUCAUUAAAAUACACAGUAAUCCCUCGUUUAUCACAGUUCAUUGGUUCGAGAUCCGAUCGUGAUAAGUGAAUUUACGCAAUGUAGGAUUCCUUCUUUGUAAAUGGAAUAUUUUGAUAGUUCGAGCACAGACAACCUGUUUACGACCGUCUAAAUAUAUGUUUUCAACAUUAUUAGAGCCCUCUAGACAUGAAAUAACACUCUUAUAGUCACCUUUACACUCGUAUUACCCAGUAUAGUAGACAUAAUAACAGAAAAUAAGACAUAUUAGACAUAAAUAAGACAUAACAUAAGAGCCUCUCUGGACAGCGUACUUCCUGCGAUGGCUAUUGUCUCAUCAAUGUAACAUUACUGACACUUAGUGACCAGUGUAGAAUACUACAUAUUAUGUCUUCUGAAUGCCUUAUACUUGUAUUUUGUUCAUUUAGCCAUUUGUAUGCUUGAAAUGCUUCAUUUAGGCCAAGAAUACCUAAAAUUUGAUUAAAUAUGUAUAUUUGUGAUAAAUAAUGGGCCGUAGUCAACCACAAAACAGCGAUAAUUUAUUAAUGAAUUUAUUCUGAAAAACUGAUUUGAACUGCAGAGUGGCGGGGGACGACUGGAAAUACAAAAAUAUGCAAUAUGUAGUGAUUUAGUAUGUUAUUAUGAAUGAAUUCAGAUAUUAAUUUGGGAUCCAGAAAGCUACAUUUUGUUUUAAAAAAAAUAAAGAAAAAAGAAAUAAAUAUAUACUGUAUUGUUUUGUAUAAAUAAAUGUGAUUUAAAAAAAAUAUUUUUGCUGGAACCAAUUCUAAUUAUGUUAGAUUGAGUAAAUUAGAUAAUGAUUGUAUUUUGUUUUUCUUUUAUAUACACUACAUUAGGGCUAGAUUACGUUCUAAUGUACAUUUUGUACAUUAAAGAUGAUAAAAGCAAUUCCAUGUAAGUUAAUAUAAGCUAAACUAUCUGAACAAAACAUCCACAUCUUAGCUUUGUGUUAGCAUACCAUUACUUUAAUACAAUCUAACUAUCUAAAGGCCGCCAGGCCGCAAUUUGGACCCCCCUGCCGUAAAUGUUUUGUAUUGUAUUGCUCUGAAUUGUUAAGACACUUUAUCAAUAAAGAUAUAUGAGGAACACAGAAAAAAGUGUGCAUGUGUCUUUAAGGGCGGGAGGGACUCUGUCCUAACGUUUUUGAAGGGAAAUGAUGGUCACAAGUGAUUAAAUAAAGUGUGAAUUUUUAAAAUGGUUUUUGGACUGCGUUACACAAUCCCGGUGAGUUGAAUAAAAUAUUUAAAUAAAUGCCUACAUUUCACAUGUAUUUACCAAUGCAUCACUUCUGUAAUUCGG